AUGGCACCAAGACGCAAGCAAGCACAGGAGACGCAAACGAACCCUGCAGAAUCAGGAUCAGGAUCUGUUCAUCAGUCUAGCUCAGUUUCCGCAUCAGUGAAUUCUCCUCUCGAUGGCAGCUGGAACAACAACAGUGCAGUCUCUGCGAUCUCUACCACCGCGCCUGUCCAGAGGAAACGACACAUAACACCCACCAACACCAACACAACCACAUUGUUUGCACACAAGAAACGACCCACUGCAUCUCGGAGCAAACGACAAAAGAUCGUAUCCUUCAAUAACAACGACGACAGCAACAACAACAGCUACGACGACGACAGCAACGGCGAGGAUGGCGACGGUGUGCAGAGCCGAGCAUUCACUGGCGAGAGGAGGGCGGCGAUUGCACACCGUGACAUCCACACCGACGUCGUUAUCGAUGAGCCAACCCUCAAGAAACGAUGGGGAACGAUGGAGAUCCGCUUUGGUCAACUGGAGGGAAUCGUGACCGAAGUGAUGAGAAGGUUGGAGGUACAAGAGGUACUGGAGGAGCGCACCAGAAGUUGGUUCGAGGAAGGCAUGAGGAUUCGGGAUGAACUUUUGAGCGUAGUUGACAUUCAGCAACACUUUAACACACCUCCUCCAUUAUUGGGUAACCAGCAACAACAGCAACAGCAACAGCAACAACAACAGCAACAGCAACAACAACAGCAGCGGCAACAACAGCAACAACAGCAACAACAGCAACAGCAACAACAGUUACAGCUUCAAAUUAAACUCCUCGAGCAGCAACUUCAACACCUUCAACAACUUCAACAAAAGGAACAUCAUCAACAUCAGCAGCCCUUCCUUCCACAACUGCCGCUCAUACAGCACCACCUACCGGAGCCGCAGGCAGAGUUGAAACGUCGUUCUCAAGUACAAGUGCAGGCACAGACGCUGUCUCAAGAGCCUCAUCCGGCGGACGUCCAGCCCCAACAACGAUCACAGUAUUUCCCCACUCAAGAUCACGAACGUCAGCGAGUACAGGAGCAAGUGAAGAAGCGAGUACAGGAGGAGAAGGAGAUGAUGGUUGUAAUGAAGAGGCAACAGGAACUCUCGACAGGAACACCACAUAAGCCCUUUCUACUGGACAGUAAACAGGACGGACUGACGCUCGAUCUUGCAUGGCUCGAGGUCGAGAGACUCGCGAGGAAGGAGAACCAAACUUUUGAGGCGUACAUUGGGACAUUAAUGGACGGGUACAAGGGCAAAACAGUCUGCGCCAUAGCCAACAUUCUCGAACACCUGGAGAUGCUCGGGCCCGAGAAUGUCGCAUCGCCAACAACUCGGCCUACCAAGGAUAAGGGCAAGGGCAAGAAGGACGAAGAUGAGGGUGGAGAUGAAGAGGGAGAAGCCAUUGCCUUGGAUAACUAG